GCACAAGUCAACAAAUGUCAAAACAACAAUUCUUGCAUUUUUCCAAACGUUUAUUACUUCGUUGAUUUGUUUUGGUCUUGUUUUUUCCCGAAAUUUUCGCCUGAAAAGUGUGCAGUUGCAUUUCAUUUUUCAGAGAAAUAUCUUCCGCAAUUGUCAUUAUCACAUUAGUUCCAAAGUGUUUAUUAUUAAAAAAGAAUGUCGAACAAUCCAUCCGCUUUGGCAUCGCUUACACAUUACACGGAUUCGGAGAAUGAAGACGGCCACGAUUCGGAAGAAAAUAGUCCACGGACAGAAGAUUCCAACGAAUCACAGGUAAUAUUCCCGACAUCGUCGAAACCAUCAACGCCGGUGAAAACGCGAUCGGUGAAUUCGACGCCGUCAAAAGUUGAGGCAAAGUCUGGACUACGACUUGUUAGCUAUCACGACGACACAGUCAUAUCAGAUGAUGAAAAUGACGAUGAUUCGCCAAAUCAUGAAGAUUUUGAAAUGGAAACAUCUGAUUGUGAGGCCGAGGCUGAAGCGAAUGAAAACAAUGAAAACGAAGAGCCUACCAACGAACCGAAACGUGAUCGUGUUGCCGAAUAUGGAUUCGCUUUGCCGCCGGAACCAAAAAGCAAAUGUCCACAAGAAUUACAAGAUAAAAUCACAAAAAUGUACGAAAAAAUGCGAACCAACAACAUGGACAUGAAUAAAUUGAUACAGGAGCGCAAAGAAUUCCGUAAUCCAAGCAUUUAUGAAAAACUCAUUCAAUAUUGUGAUAUCGACGAAUUAGGCACGAACUAUCCACCCGAACUGUAUGAUCCAAUGCAAUGGACAAACAAGGAAUCAUUCUACGAAGAAUUGGCUAAAGUACAAAAAAUCGAAAUGGAUAAACGGGAAAAAGAAUUCAGUAAAAGUGAAAUGGUACAAGCGGCAACAAAAAAAGCGGAAGAAGAAGCAAAGAAACGGAAAUCGAAAUGGGAUCAACCGGCACCAAGCGCUGUGGUAAUGCAACAGGCAAACGUUAUCAAAUCAUCCGGACUAAUAACAACAAGUAUAACUGGAACCAAGGGUACUGUGAUAUCAGCGUUCGGUUCAUUGCCUAAAAAAUCGAAACCCUAAUUUCUGUCAACAUUCGAAUGAAAAAAACUAUAAAUGUGUGUGUGUUUGAAAUAAUUUAUAAAACAUUGCGCUUAAAAAAAUAGACGAAAUAAAUUUGUAUACAGAGAAAACGAA